CUGCAUGUCCCCUGCUGGGGAUCAAGCCCGCAACCUGGGCAUGUGCCCUUGACCGGAAUCAAACCUGAGACCCUUCAGUCCGCAGGUUGACUCUCUAACCACUGAGCCAAACCAGCUAGGGCCCCUUGAUGCUUUUUGAAGGGGAUGAAGGUUGAUACUUUUAUUACAGACUUGUUUCUAGUCUUCUCAUGGAGUUUUGUUUGUAGUUUUUUUUUUUUUGGGGGGGGGGGUGCUAUUCCCUACUCAGCUGCCAUGGGUGGGAGAAGGAGGUAUGAAUUAAAAGUCCACAUCAGCAAACUCUGUCUCUGUAAUUUUUUUGGAGUCUUUUGUGUUUGUGUGUGUGUGUGUGUGUGUGUGUGUGUGUGUGUGUGUGUUAGGAGGAAAAGUGCUGAACUUCCAGGGACUCUCAUGGCUCAUGUCUUAGGGUAUUCUCCCUGCUCAGAUCUGGCAGCCUCUUGUUGUCAGACUUGUGGUCUCUGAGCCCCACUUCCAUUCUCACCUCUCAAUACGGUCCCCCAGACCUCACUUUCCUCCGGGACCUUGGCAUUCAGCCCCAGAGGCUGGGAGAGAAGGUGGAGGAGGAAGUGAGCACAGAGUCUAGGUCUUGAACUACAUUUCCCAUAAUGCCAUGGGGCUGGCUGCGGCGCUCUGGAGGGAGACCAGGGGGCCUUCUGGGAGUUCUAUUCCUAGCGCUGGGAAGGGCCGCUUCUCGCGUCCUCCUAUGUCGACGACGCCGGGGUCUUGGGCACCUAGUGGGGAGCUUGGGUCCUGGGGCCGGGGAUGGGGAGGAAGCUGAGGCCGGAACCCCGUUCCUCGUGCCUGGCAAGCCGGAGCAGAAGGGGCACUUCUUCGAUGAUGACACACUGGAAAAGGGAACCUGGAGUUUUCUGAAGGAACUGAAACGCAUCACGGACAGUGACGUAAAAGGUGAGCUCCUCGUGAAGGAGCUGUUCUGGAUGUUGAAGCAGCAAAAGGAGACCUUUGCCAGACACGUUUCUCUGUUCCAAAAAGAUGCUCUCUGUCCCAACAAAUGCGGUAUGAUGUUGCAGACUCUGACCUGGUGCAAUUCCUGCGAGAAGAAGGUUCACGCUUGUCGGAAGAACCUGGAUUGCGGGGAGCGCAGAGUCAAUGUCCAUGAAAUGGAAGACAUGAUCCUGGACUGUGAGCUCAACUGGCAUCACAUCUCUGAAGGCCUGACUGAUUACACCUUCUACAGGGUUUGGAAGAACAAACCUGAGAGCAUGGUGUACAAGGGGACAGCGCCCACCCUGACCAAGACCAAGGCAAAUCCAUCGGAUGCGGGCACCUACCGCUGCCAGCUGAACACCGUGAAAAACAGCCCCGCCACCAUCAUCCGUUAUCAUGUCAGAGUGUUGCCCAAAAGAGUUGUGGAGGAGACGCCGUCCACAAACAUCAUCCCAAACCCGGAGGAUGUGACCCUGGACGAGGUGACUUGGAAGCCCAACAAGUCGGCCGCCACCACCAUUCCGCCUCCGUCGCCGUCCUCCGCGGCGCAGUCCCCGACGGUGGAGAACAUGCUGAGAAGCCUCCUGGUCGGGCUGCUGAUCUGGGGCUUUGUGGUGCUGAUAGCCAGCAUUGUCAUCUUGAUGCUCUGCUAUUGGUCCGAGAAGAAUCCUGGAUACUUCAUUGAUUCCAUAAAGUCCUGGGUCAGCACUGCCAAGGAGGCUGCUCAGAGCCCCAACGUUCCAGAGAAAAAGGACGAAAAAUCUAGGAGCCAAUAAAGAUUUAUUUGAUUGUUUUAA